CGGUGUGCGCCGGGCCGGCACCUCGCUCCCCGCCGGCGGGCACCCAUAACGCCGGCUUUGUCUCUGGGCCAGGCCGCCCUGCCAGCUCCCCGCUGAGGGCGGGUGUCGCCUCGGGAACGACCUCUUUUUUUUUUUUUUUUUUCCUUUGGAAGAGGGGCAAAAGUUUAGCGAGAGAAACGGCUGAAUUUUGUGCCCUCCUGCGACCGCUGCGAGAUGCCGAGCCAGGCGCUGCAGAAUAACGCGCGGAGACCCGCCUGCUCCUGCAAACGCCCGUUACCGUUAAUAGAUGAUUACUGCCUUUGAAAGCACUUUGCAUAAUAAGAGAAUUACCCAUAUAGCCAAUGCUAAUAAUUACUACUAUUUAUGAAAUGGCUUCUCAAACCGACCUACUGCCUUCCCGCCCGUAAGACACCCGCAGCCGUCCCUCUGCUCUGCCUGCAAAUGGCAAGGGCUAUCUGGCCGGAGUGGUGCUGGGCUGAGAGUUCUGAGCACCACACGUCAAGAAAGGUUUCUUGAAAGCAAAAGCAGGCAGCGGGCUCCGGGGGAGAGCAGAAAGAGCCAUCAGAAAGGAAGAAAGCACAAGGCAAUGUUUUAAAGAGGAGGGAAACAACAGCGGCAGUCAAAACCCACAGAAGUCUCGGGCAAAGAGAAAGGAAACAACCUGGAUCUCCCAAGUCCUCGGUGGAUAUGAAGAUAAAAAGUGCUUUAUUUGCAACGAGCAAGAUGGCUGUUAUCAGUUAACAAAAAACUAUUUCUAACGUGUCACCCACAGUACCACAGGUUGUGUCGUGACCCUGCACUCAAGGCAAGUAUUGGGACUGCGUAUCACUUUUUAUGAGCUUGUCUGAAUUUUCUGAAGCUCUGCAAAGUCAAGUACUACAACUACUGUCUUAUUUAUAAUGUACAGAGGGAUUUUAUUAUACAAACCGGCGACCCCAUGGGAACUGGCCGUGGAGGGGAAUCCAUAUUUUGUCAACUGUACGGUGAUCAAGCUAGAUUCUUUGAGGCAGAAAAAGUGCCAAGAAUUAAGCACAAGAAGAAGGGAACCGUGUCAAUGGUGAACAAUGGCAAUGAUCAGCAUGGAUCACAGUUUCUUAUUACUACAGGGGAAAACCUGGAUUACCUUGAUGGUGUGCAUACAGUAUUCGGAGAAGUGACAGAAGGCAUGGAUGUAUUGAAGACAAUUAACGAAACCUUUGUAGAUAAGGAUUUUAUCCCGUAUCAAGAUAUCAGGAUAAAUCAUACAGUAAUUUUAGAUGAUCCAUUUGAAGAUCCACCUGGCUUGUCUAUUCCUGAUCGCUCACCAGAACCUACUAAGGAACAGCUAGAUAGUGGCAGAAUAGGAGCAGAUGAAGAAAUUGAUGACUUGAAAGGACGGUCUGCAGAUGAAAUAGAAGAAGUUCAGGCAGAAAAAGAAGCAAAAACUCGUGCCAUUCUUCUGGAAAUGGUGGGAGACUUACCCGAUGCAGAGGUCAAGCCACCAGAAAAUGUGCUGUUUGUUUGUAAACUGAAUCCUGUGACCACAGAUGAAGACCUAGAGAUAAUAUUUUCACGAUUUGGUCCCAUUAAAAGCUGUGAAGUGAUUCGGGACUGGAAGACUGGUGAAUCUCUUUGUUAUGCUUUCAUUGAGUUUGAAAAGGAGGAAGACUGUGAGAAAGCCUACUUCAAAAUGGACAAUGUGCUGAUAGAUGACAGACGGAUACAUGUAGAUUUUAGCCAGUCUGUUGCAAAGAUUAAGUGGAAGGGAAAAGGUGGGCGGUAUACCAAGGACGAUUUCAAAGAGUACGAAAAGGAACGUGACAAACCUUCAAAACUUUCUCUGAAAGAGAAGGUAAAACCAAAGCAGGAUGCCAAGUAUGACCUUGUGCUGGAUGAGGAUAUAGAAGAGUCUCAAACAAGUCAGUCGCACUUGGCUAAAAAACAAAAGAAGAAAAAGCACCACCACUCUGAAGAUGAAGAGGAUGACAAGAGGACCAAAGCAUCUAAGGAUUCUGAUCGAAAACAUGAAGGAGAACGCUGUAGAGAGAAGAUAAAGAGUGAGAAGAAAGACAGGCAUCGGAGUCGCAGCCGAUCUCAAGAGAGAGACUACACUUACAGCAAACAAAAAGACAAAUACAAAGAGGACUUCCGAAUAAGAGACUGGGAUAAAAAAUCAGACAGAAGCAGAAGUCCUAAGAAAUCAAAAGACAAAGAGAGGUCCAAGUACAGAUGAAGGACGAGGGAAAGAGAGGGGAACUAAAAUGCGUUUUCUUCCAGCAUUUCUAACAUUCUCUUAAAUGGACGUGCAGUUACUGGACAAAAGCAGUUGCCUUCUGUUGGCAACUUGGCCUUAUAAUUCUAUGAAUGCCCAGUGUAUGACUGUCGGAGUAAGCCUUGAUUCCAAAAAGGUGGUUUCAAUAAAGUAUUUCACGUUAGUGAAAUGGUUUUGAGUGUCUGAUAAGAAAUGUUGUCUAAAGCUUUUUGGAAACAUAGCUUGAUCCCCCCUCAUUGGAACAUGAUCUACAGGACAAAGACCAAAUCUAAAAUUCAAGGCAGCCAAGAAGAGUCACUGGAAAUUACUCUGCCCUGGAGGGCCAGUAGCUGUGCCUGGCUAGAGCAUUUGAAUGGACUGAUGAAACUUUCAAACAUGGAUGUUCAAAAAUUAAGCAAUGCGACAAUAAAUGAUAAAUGACAGCAGAAAAGCUCCCUAUU